CGUUGGAGCUCCUCUAACGGUACCCGUGACUACGUUUGCCAAGGCAUGUGCUUAAUUUAAAAAAUGCAGUCAGUCCUGUCACCCCCUCAGGAGCUGCUCAAAUAGCUGAAGUUAAGCAGAUCAACCAGAAGACCCUGCCCCAGGGACAGAUUAGUGCCACAGCCAUGUUUCUCACGAAGAUGGGGGACUAACACAACAGAAAUGGGGCGCGUGACCUGCAAAGCUGGGCAUCGAGCUGGGAAGAGCGUGGUGAUGUCUCUCCAGAGGCACAGGAUCUUUAGCCACCGACUGCGACUGAUUUCAGAAGUGGGGACAGCAGGUGGGAGCUUUCUAAGCCAGACAAAGAAGACCUGACAAGGAACUGUGGUGAAGGGACAAGCCCAAGGCAAAGAAGUGUCCGGUCACCUCCUCUCCUGGAGCAGCAGCUGAGAUCUGGAUAGACAGGAGACAUUUUGCAAGACUCAACACCUGGAGCAGUGCUAACCAGCACCAGGUGGGCAGCCCCGAUGUCGGCCAAGCUCUACGUCCUCAUCAGCUGGCCCGACGGCAGCCGGGUGAUCAACAUCGAGAACAUCAAGGAGCCCCGCAAGCCCUUCCACCUCUACACGGUGGGUGAGCAGGUGCUGGCCCGCUGCCCCGGCUUCAGCGGGCUCUACUGGGGGAUGGUGGAAGGCAUAAGUGAGCAUAAAGAUAUUUUAGAGAAGAAGCUGCUGGAAGAUAGACAGCUCCUGGAGAAGUUGAAAGAAGAACCGGCCGUCCACAGCGUGAUGCCACCCCAGCCAAAAAAAUCCAGGAAAACCUUCCCAAAAUGGACCCCGGGGAAUGCAUCCAGGAAAUACCAUGGAGACAGGACUUAUCCUGCCAAGCCGCUGCUGAGGGCGGCCGAGGCCAGCCUGCCCCAUGACGUUGGCAGCUCCUCCAUCAUCAAGGAGAGACGUGCCCUGGGCAACGCAGCAGGAAGCCCCCGCUCACUGGCAGGGUCCCCCCACCCAGCCAGCGCCUUCACACCCCCAUCCACCUUUGUCACCGUGGCCAUGCCGGGGACUUCCCAGGGUGAAGAGGACAGGGCUGGUCCAGCUACCAGAGAUUACGUUGCCCUGCCAAUGAAGAGGAAGUCAGAUGGCAUCUUGUCCCAAUGCCAGCAACACAUCUUUCUGAACAGCUGUGAAGAUCGGAAGCUUGAUGCUUUGCAAGAGACAGAUGACUUCGAGAGAGUUCAGAAAAAUUUUGGUCCUGGUGAAAUGGAAAGGGCAGAUAGGAUAGAGCAGCUGGAGAGGAUGGUGUUGGACCUUCAACAGGAUGUUCUCUCUCUGAAGAAGAAGGUGCAGAGACUGGAAUCCCUGUCCUUCCAGGAGGAGCCCCACCGGCAACCGUGCGAGGUGGUGGAGCUCUUCAAUGGCUACACCAAGGAACAGCUCAAAGAGACUAUCCGGUUUGACCAGAAAAUCAGCACUGCCUGCAAGACACUGCUCUACAAGCUCUUCACAUCUGACUACAUCCAGAGCCACUCCAUCACGGGGCGGAGGGGCAAUACUUUCCGAGAGGCGAAGCCCAUGAUGGAUGAACGCUGCAUCAAAAUCAUUAGGGUGCUGUUGAAACAGAAGUUUGGAGAUCACCUCAGUGACACAGUGAUCACGGAGAAGAUACAAAACGUGCAGAAAGCCCUGAGGCAGAAGUUUAAGACGGAAUGUCUCUGAUGCAUGGGAGCCUUGGUGUCUCUUCCUACCAUGCUCGUCGGUGUACCUGAGCAGCCCUCCCAGAAAAGACAAAGCUGAUCUGCUGCUCUUCAGCUGAUUCCCCACAAGGAGCCAACCCAAGCGAACCGCGCGCUAAACACAACACAAACCUUUCACUGCCAAACCUCUGCCUGCAUUAAUCGAGCGGGAAUUUUGCCCAGCUUGGCUGGGUUUUUGCACAUCUGCUAGCAUUUUACAAGUUCCUUUCCAUCCAGUCUGUGUGCAAACCUCACUGCGGGGUGCAUGUAAUGAUCUCUGGGCCUUUUUGAUGGACAUGCUCAAAAGCUUGAGGGUUCCUGUUGCGUCCAAGUAUGGGUCAGUAAGUCAGCUUUGUUCCACCUUGCAGUGGGUUAGGGAGAAAGAUUGGCCCUGGGGCAGGGAGUCCAGCUGCAGAUGGACUUUGUGUCACCCACCACGGCUUCUCUCUGCAUGUCUGUGGUUGCCUCCUUCUGCCUGUGGGACAAUAUUUGCUCUCUUUGCUCCCAAUGAAUGUGUUUUACAAUUUUCUGCAGUAACAGAAAAGCAGGCUCGUUAAAACAACACCAUAAAAUAUUCAGAGAAAGAUAAUUUCAUUUUCCCCUCUGUUUUAUUGUAGCUGUAUGGAAGAAGUGUCUUCACUAACAAAAAUCUGCUGAACAAGA